ACUUUUUGUGUCAUUGUCAGUUGAGAUGUGUAAAGUGACUGAUUAAUUAAGAAAUUUAUUUUCUUUUUCUUAAUGUUAAUUCUGUUCUUUAAUCUUUUUGUUUCACGAGAUUAUAUUAAAAAAAUUAAGAACAUUAUGAGGACGAUAUUUAUAUUUUUCAUCUUAAUCAUUUGUUCGGUAACAAUUUUUGCAUUUGAUCUGAAAACAAGAGUGCCUAAGGAAGAGAAUUUUUUCGAGAAAUUAACAUCAAGAAAUGUGAAUAACGAUAAAUUUUCAACGGAAAAAGUGCAAAGAGAUGAAACCGGAAUUGAAAAAAUGAUACAAUUAAUGAAUAUUCUGGGACAAGUUGAUAGUUUUUUUACAAGAAAGACUAAAAAUUUGAUUCGAAGACUGAAUGCCGUUUAUGAACAAGACGAUCCUGAUCCAAAAUAAAAUAAACUUUUCUUAUUAAAAAAAAAAAUAAAAAUACAAUUUCCUCACCAGU